AUCUUCCUAAUUCCUAUAUUUUCAAAGUUAGACGGGCGCUACCUCCUCGUUCAUCCGCCUCCUCCGCCUCCUCCCGUUGGACUCUCUCUCUCUGUCUCUCUCUGCUUCAAUUUGAAGCAGUCUUCUCUUCACCUCUCUCUCUCCUCCCCGCCCCCCAUCCACUCCUCCCCCGCCCACCUUCUACUAGGCUAGGCUAGGCUAGGGUUUUCCUUCUCCCCUCACUCCCACUACCACUCGUACCCUAGGGUUUUCCCUCCGAUUCCCCCGCGCCUAGGGUUUAUUUGCCGAUCUCCGCCAUGACUGCCGAAAAGCUUCGGGAUUUAAGCCGCCCCAUGGAUGUCGCCUUACUCGACGCCACCGUCGCUGCUUUCUAUGGAACCGGAUCUAAAGACGAGAGGGCAGCUGCCGAUCAUAUCUUGAGGGAUCUGCAAAAUAACCCAGACAUGUGGCUCCAAGUGGUCCACAUUUUGUCAAACACUCAGAACCUGAACACAAAAUUUUUUGCUUUACAGGUCCUGGAUGGUGUUAUUAAAUACAGAUGGAAUGCUUUGCCUGUGGAACAACGUGAUGGGAUGAAGAACUAUAUUUCAGAAGUUAUUGUUAAGCUUUCAAGCGAUGAUAUCUCUUUCCGGGCGGAGAGGCUUUAUGUUAAUAAAUUAAACAUUAUAUUGGUUCAGAUUCUGAAACAUGAGUGGCCCUCCCGGUGGCGAAGCUUCAUUCCUGACCUUGUUGCAGCAGCAAAGACAAGUGAAACUAUAUGUGAGAAUUGCAUGACAAUUUUGAAACUUCUAAGCGAAGAGGUCUUCGACUUCUCAAGGGGUGAGAUGACACAACAAAAGAUUAAGGAGUUAAAGCAAUCUCUGAACAGUGAAUUUCAACUUAUUCAUGAGCUAUGCUUGUAUGUAUUGUCGGCAUCUCAAAGAGCAGAGCUUAUCAGGGCUACCAUGGCUACAUUGCAUGCUUUUCUUUCCUGGAUUCCUCUAGGAUAUAUAUUUGAAUCUCCACUGCUAGAGACACUGCUAAAUUUUUUCCCUGUACCGGCUUACCGUAAUCUGGCUCUCCAAUGUUUGACAGAGUUUUGUUUUCCGCAGGUUGCUGCUCUUAACUUUGGUGAUUUUUACAACUCCCAGUAUGUCAAAAUGUAUACUAUAUUUAUGGUGCAAUUGCAGAACAUCCUUCCAUCUUCCACCAACUUUUUAGAGGCUUACUCAAAUGGGACUAGUGAGGAGCAGGCUUUUAUUCAAAACUUGGCAUUGUUUUUCACAUCAUUUUUCAAGUCUCACAUACGAGUGCUAGAAUGUUCUCAAGAAAACAUUAGUGCACUUUUAGGAGGCCUUGAAUAUCUCAUCAACAUAUCCUACGUGGAUGAUACAGAAGUUUUUAAGGUUUGUUUGGACUAUUGGAAUUCCUUAGUCUUGGAGUUGUUUGAAGCUCACCAUAAUUUGGAUGGUCCUGCAGCUGCUGCAAAUAUGAUGGGACUGCAGCAGAUGCCAAUGCUUCCAGGUAUGAUUGAUGGACCUGGUUCUCAACUCAUGCAAAGGCGCCAACUUUAUGCUGGGCCAAUGUCGAAGUUGAGAAUGCUUAUGAUAUGUCGCAUGGCCAAGCCUGAAGAAGUUCUCAUUGUUGAGGAUGAAAAUGGAAAUAUAGUUCGUGAAACAAUGAAGGACAAUGACGUGCUGGUUCAGUAUAAGAUAAUGAGGGAGACCCUAAUAUACCUGACACAUCUUGAUCAUGAGGAUACAGAGAAACAGAUGCUGAAGAAACUGAGUAAACAGCUAAAUGGGGAGGACUGGACUUGGAAUAACCUCAAUACCUUGUGUUGGGCUAUAGGAUCUAUAUCUGGGUCAAUGGUGGAGGAGCAGGAAAACAGGUUUUUAGUGAUGGUCAUUCGUGAUUUGUUGAAUCUCUGUGAAAUCACCAAGGGGAAGGACAAUAAAGCUGUCAUUGCCAGUAAUAUAAUGUACGUGGUAGGGCAGUACCCAAGAUUUUUGAGGGCUCACUGGAAAUUCUUGAAAACUGUUGUGAACAAAUUGUUUGAGUUUAUGCAUGAAACUCAUCCAGGAGUUCAGGACAUGGCAUGUGAUACAUUCUUGAAAAUUGUUCAGAAGUGCAAGCGGAAAUUUGUCAUUGUGCAGGUUGGAGAAAACGAGCCAUUUGUAUCAGAGCUUUUAACUACACUUCCAGCUACAAUUGCUGACCUUGAGCCUCAUCAGAUCCAUUCCUUUUAUGAGUCUGUGGGUCAUAUGAUUCAAGCGGAGCCUGAUCCUCACAAGAGAGAUGAAUAUUUACAGAGGUUGAUGGAGCUCCCUAACCAGAAAUGGGCAGAAAUAAUUGGGCAGGCACGACAUAGUGUUGAUUUCUUGAAAGAUCCUGAUGUUAUAAGAGCAGUGCUCAACAUACUGCAGACAAAUACUAAUGUUGCCAGCUCUCUUGGGACAUACUUCUUGCCACAAAUUUCUGUAAUCUUUCUGGACAUGCUCAAUGUGUACAGAAUGUACAGUGAGCUUAUAUCUACUAGCAUUGCCCAAGGUGGACCCUAUGCUUCAAGGACAUCUAUUGUAAAACUCUUACGCUCUGUCAAGAGGGAAACAUUGAAGCUUGUUGAGACAUUUUUAGACAAAGCUGAAGACCAACCACAUAUUGGCAGACAGUUUGUGCAACCAAUGAUGGACCCUGUUCUUGGUGACUAUGCCCGGAAUUUGCCUGAUGCGAGAGAAUCAGAAGUCCUCUCUCUAUUUGCUACAAUAAUAAAUAAGUACAAGGGAGCAAUGAUUGAUGAUGUUCCUCGAAUAUUUGAAGCUGUGUUCCAGUGUACUCUAGAGAUGAUAACUAAGAAUUUUGAGGACUAUCCUGAACACCGGUUAAAGUUCUUUUCAUUGCUUCGAGCUAUUGCAACUCAUUGUUUUGCUGCAUUGAUUCACCUGUCCAGCGAGCAAUUGAAACUUGUAAUGGAUUCCAUCAUCUGGGCAUUCCGGCAUACUGAACGAAACAUUGCAGAAACUGGACUCAACCUUCUGUUGGAGAUGCUGAAAAACUUUCAGACUUCCGAGUUCUGCAAUCAGUUUUACAGGACAUACUUUUUGACAAUAGAGCAGGAAAUAUUUGCAGUUUUGACGGACACAUUUCAUAAGCCUGGGUUUAAGUUGCAUGUGCUGGUGUUGCAGCACUUGUUCUGCCUGGUUGAAUCCGGUGCCUUGACUGAACCCCUGUGGGAUGUUGCUACUGUUCCUUACAGUUAUCCAAAUAAUGGCAUCUUUGUUCGUGAGUACACAAUUAAACUUCUGGGUACAUCCUUUCCGAACAUGACGUCAAGUGAGGUGACUCAAUUUGUGAGUGGGCUUUUUGAGUCAAGAGCUGAGCUUUCAUCAUUCAAAACCCGCAUAAGGGAUUUUCUUGUGCAAUCCAAAGAAUUUUCAGCUCAGGACAACAAGGAUCUGUAUGCUGAGGAGGCGGCUGCGCAGAGAGAGAGGGAACGGCAGCGCAUGCUAUCAAUUCCAGGACUGGUGGCCCCCAAUGAGAUACAGGAUGAGAUGGUGGAUUCGUGAGAACUCUUACUAUUAAUUAGGUUUGACUUUGAGGGGGUUGGGUUACACAUUACUACAUACACAUAUUCCUUCCUAUGUAUAAUUUUUCUUUCUCAGGUUUUUGUUGGGUCAUUAUUUUCUCCUCCUCAUCAUCAGAAAGAUUGUUUUGUUUUGUGGGGUUUUGACUAGCGGAGAAACUCUGAAACAACGCGGCAGCUGGUUUUAGAAUGAAUAUUUAGAUUCUAAUGUAGGAAUGAAUUGAACUAAAUGAGCUGAGACACACACACACACACACACAUCUAUUAUCUAUUAUCUAUUACUAUUAGCCAGCCAGGCAGGCAGGCAGGGUGAGUCUGGAAUAUGGUUUUAUUGAUAGAGGAGGCAUUCAUUCAUUCA